AUUGAGCAAAAUUUAAAUCUUGAGUUGGUGAAGUACUGUUGAUAAAGUGCCAUUUUAUCUUCACAAAAUCAGAUAUUUUUGACACCAAAGUCUAUGUUUUUCCAUUAUACCUUGCUGUUCAAACUGGGGUUAUGAGAAUUCCGGUAUGUACCAGGAGUACAAAAGCCACAAAAUAAACUUGACACAUUAUAGGAUAGAAUGCAAAAUACCAGUAAAUUCUAAGAACAAAUUUCUUAUAACAUGUCGCUUUAGGUGACUCCCCCUAGGUUUUCUCCUUCCUUGUUUUAUGGUCAUUCUCCUCUGCCCUUCAGGUGUGUUCGUGGAGAAGUGUGAGAGGCAUUGUACUCUACCAGGUUCCCUUUACCUGGAUCUUGGUGGAUGGUAGGUGAACCCGUGAAACAAUAUGAAGAGGAGAAAAUAGCCUUUUAAGGAAAUUGGCCCACAGAAAGAAUGGCCUUCUUGGACAAUCCAACUAUCAUUCUAGCUCAUAUUCGACAGUCACACGUGACCAGUGAUGACACAGGAAUGUGUGAGAUGGUUCUCAUUGAUCAUGAUGUUGACCUAGAGAAGAUUCAUCCUCCUUCAAUGCCUGGAGACAGUGGGUCAGAAAUUCAGGGAAGCAAUGGUGAGACUCAGGGCUAUGUAUAUGCCCAGUCAGUCGAUAUUACCUCAAGUUGGGACUUUGGUAUUAGAAGACGCUCAAAUACAGCUCAAAGAUUAGAACGACUCCGAAAAGAGAGACAAAACCAGAUCAAAUGCAAAAAUGUUCAGUGGAAAGAAAGAAAUUCUAAGCAAUCAGCCCAAGAGUUAAAGUCACUAUUUGAAAAAAAGUCCCUCAAAGAGAAGCCUCCGAAUUCUGGAAAGCAGUCAAUGUUAUCUGUGCGCCUGGAGCAGUGUCCUCUGCAGCUGAACAACCCUUUCAAUGAGUACUCCAAGUACGAUGGCAAGGGUCAUGUAGGCACAACGGCAACCAAGAAGAUCGACGUCUACCUCCCCCUGCACUCAAGCCAGGACAGACUGCUGCCAAUGACCGUGGUGACCAUGGCCAGCGCCAGGGUACAGGACCUGAUUGGGCUCAUCUGUUGGCAGUACACAAGUGAAGGACGGGAGCCGAAGCUCAAUGACAAUGUCAGUGCCUACUGCCUGCAUAUUGCUGAGGACGAUGGGGAGGUUGACACCGAUUUCCCCCCACUGGAUUCCAAUGAGCCCAUUCAUAAGUUCGGCUUCAGUACUUUGGCACUGGUUGAAAAGUAUUCAUCUCCUGGUCUGACUUCCAAAGAGUCCCUUUUUGUUCGAAUGGAGCCUGUGAAUUCAUCUGUUGACCCUGAGGGGCCCUUGGACCUCAGAAAUGCUGCUCAUGGAUUCUCCCUUAUUCAGGUGGACAACACAAAAGUCACCAUGAAAGAAAUCUUGCUAAAGGCAGUGAAACGAAGAAAAGGAUCCCAGAAAAUUUCAGGCCCUCAGUACCGCCUGGAGAAGCAGAGCGAACCCAAUGUCGCCGUGGACCUGGAGAGCACUUUGGAGAGCCAGUGCGCGUGGGAGUUCUGCCUGGUCCGCGAGAACAGUUCAAGGGCAGACGGGGUUUUUGAGGAGGACUCACAAAUCGACAUAGCUACAGUACAAGAUAUGCUGAGCAGCCACCAUUACAAGUCAUUCAAAGUCAGCAUGAUCCACAGACUCCGAUUCACAACCGACGUGCAGUUAGGUAUCUCUGGAGACAAGGUAGAGAUAGAUCCCGUAACGAAUCAGAAAGCCAGCACUAAGUUUUGGAUUAAGCAGAAACCCAUCUCAAUCGAUUCUGACCUGCUCUGUGCCUGUGACCUUGCUGAAGAAAAAAGCCCCAGUCACGCAAUAUUUAAACUCACGUAUCUAAGCAAUCAUGACUACAAACACCUCUACUUCGAAUCUGACGCUGCUACCGUCAAUGAAAUUGUGCUCAAGGUUAACUACAUCCUGGAAUCACGCGCAAGCACUGCCCGGGCUGACUAUUUUGCUCAAAAACAAAGAAAACUGAACAGACGUACAAGCUUCAGCUUCCAGAAGGAGAAGAAAUCAGGGCAGCAAUGACGCCAGCCUCCAGCCUCAAUCUGUCGCCAUAGCCCAGAGCCUGCCUGCCUGCCCGGCGGCCCUCGAGCCCACCCCGCGCCCUGCAGCCCUGGGGGAGCCCGCCCCGGCUCGUGGGCACAGGGCAGGAAGGCUCUGGGGGCAGGGCCAGCCCCACGGAUGGAGCUUGGGACUCUUCCACGGGACCGGAGCCUGCGUGGCCGUGGCUCUGCUCAGCAGUGCCAGGGCAGCCGACUGCACAGGCGCUGGUCACCGUCACCGGCCGCGGCCCUGCCUGCGGGUGUACGUGGCCUCGCCGGACAGCUCCCUGCGGCUUGAUCAAAUUUCUUAAACGAGGAACAAAACUGUACAUUUCCUUUUGUCCUUUUAAUAAACAGGUGUCCUCUUUA